AUGGAACGAACGAGAUGGCAUCACGAUCACCAACCGCUGCGACGCGUCAUCGUGAUGGAGCCGAUCGCUGAUCUCAAUCUCAUCGGAAAGUUGAAGGAACGCGGAAUUGCGAUUCUUCUCGUCGCACCCGGCUCUUGUCUACCAGCCAUCGAUUGUAGUCACACAGCUAUCCUUUUGCAAGAUUUCGAGGAGCACAAGAUGAGUCUUCGUCACAAAUCACCGCCUUAUUAUGUUGGGGCACCGUAUUUGCGAGCAUUAUUGGCUCAAACGACUCAUGUGACAAUCCCCUAUCCACCGAGGUCUUUGUACGGGAAUCAGCUUGCCAAUUGCACACUGGUCAUCAAGAUGCAUACUGCUCGUUCGGAGGAUAGCCACAUGAGCGUGAAUCAAAACUACUGGAGAGCAAAAUACUUGGGAGCCACGGUUGUUAGAGAGAUGAGCGCCAAGAUAACACAUUUAUUAACGGAUCGGACGUUUGGCAAGGAUUACGAUGUUGCAACUUCUCUUGGAAAAACGGUGGUCGACCAGGAAUGGAUCAAUGACAUUUGGGAGAAUCACCGAAAUCGAAUCGAUUCCCUGGACAAAGACUCUAUUUUGCUUAAAAAGCACACCCUGCCCUGUUUCACCGGAAUGACGAUCUACUUUGUGGGGAUCAAAAACGAGAUGGUGCUUGAGAAUUACGAGUUGUUGACUAGGGAUUAUGGUGCCAAUGUGUGCGAUUAUCCAUCACGUGCCACUCAUAUUGUUGUCGGAAAUGACGUCGAUCUCAAUCAAGGUCUCCCUUUCGAGAUCGGAAAACAAUUUGUGGUCACACUUGAGUGGUUCGACGAGUCGAUUCGCUAUGGUGGUGCUCGGAAUGCGGAAUCUUUUCAGCUUUUCCCUCGCUACGAGCGCUACGAAAAGAUUGAUCAUUGCUUGGAGGGCUCGGCUAGUCGUGCCACAACGUUUUCUUCUGGCCGCUCACGUUACUCAUCGCAACAUUCCACAGGAGUUUAUGUUCCCUAUGAAGAUGGAAUCCCGGAAGAAAACGUCUCGCUCACCUCAAUCCCAAUGCCGAAAAUGGAUAAAGUCACGAUACAGAUCUACGCCGAGCUUGUCGCACUUGAGGAUAGUUAUGUGAAAGCUUUGCAGAGGCUUAGCAUGUUAAACGAGACCCUCAUUGAGCGACUUCCGAAUGGCUACAAUCGUGAAAUUCAACAAAUGUUUGGCAAGAUCCAUUCAAUUUUGGCCGUGCACGAGCUGAUUCUACGCCAUUGUCGCCGCUGUUUGGAGAAACCGGACGCAAAUUUCGGCAUGGUUGAUAUCUGGGUGCAUUUCAAGGCGGAACUUGCCCGUUACUAUCCACCGUACGUCAAUUUCUACGAUGCCGUCAGUUUCAAUGCCUGUUACGACAAUUUGAUGGCCACGAAUGUGGCUUUUCAUGAUAUUGUUAAGGAAGCGGAACGCCGACCCGAUUGGGAGCGACUUCGAGUGAAAGAUCUUCUAAUUAUGCCCGUGCAACAUCUCAUGCAAACGCAACUCAUUUUCAAUGAGGGCAUCAAGAAAGCGGUGAUCGCAAAAAGAGACAUCCGAAAGUUGUCCGACGCAGCAAAAUGCAUUGAGCAAAUCAACAGAGGCACAAACAGCAGCAAGACGCGCAUUGAGAACAGUGAGAAACAUUUAAGAGCACUCAAGGAUAUUCGGGAUUUGCCGCCGUCACUCAUCAGUUUCCACCGCGAGUUGAUCAUUUCGGCGAGUAUGCGUCUUUUGGCCGGCUCUGAGUCGUGGGCGAAUGAAAGGCGACCGAUGAGGCUUUUCUUGCUCGAUGAUUGUCUCAUUAUUUGCAAGGUCCGUCGAAAUGAGACCUCCGGCACGUUGCGACGAAUGAGAAGCGCCGUUUUCAGCAGUGAUAUGCAGCAAGAACCACCACAAAAGCUGCGCUAUCAACAACACUAUUCAUUGGACAAGAUUCGUGGGAUUCAUUCGAUUGGAUUGAUGCAAGCUCCCGUCUAUGUGUUGAUCAUUCGUGAGCCGAUGAGCAGCGAUAUGGAGUUGACAUUUGUCGUUGAGAACACGCAGGAUUCGGCUGAGAAUGUGAAAGCAUUGAUGGAGACGAUGAGGAAAAAGAUCAUUUCCCUGCACGAGCGAGACGUUUAUGAGGAGUAUGAGGAAACGACUGGAUUGGGGAAAUAUCCGGUGCCCGCUGUGCUGAACACUUUGAAACAUUCUCAACUCUUGUCGACUUCGAGGACUUCUCUGGCCAGCAAUAGUGUGACGAGUCAAUGCGAUCGAGUCAGCCUCUUUGGUUCCCGUCAACAACUCCAUGAUGAUGCGUUCGGCAGUAGUCAUGACUUGGGUGUGCGACGAAUGAGUCUUCAGGAGCAGAAUGCCGAUUUCUAUCCAUCAAGUUUACUCGAGAGUUCUCGGCAGAAGAAGCAACCCGGACGAAUUCGACGCACUCUUUCGAACAUCUCACUGGCGUUGACGAGGCCUUUUCGUCGUCACCUCAGUCAAUCUGCUUCGGCGGCAUGCUCGCGAACGAACAGCAUUUGUGGAAAUUUCGAUUCACCAACGGUUUCUCUUGACUGUUUCCCGUGCCAGGAUCAGACUACGUGCGUCGCUUGGGACACGACGAGCAUCAAUGAAGAAGAUGAAGAGGGACCGAGCAAUGCAAUGAAUGUAAAUAUCCCGAUCGACGAGAAAAGCCCGCAGAAGUUUAGGCAAAAAGGUUCCACUUUGCAUGUAAAUUCCUUUCGCACCAAUUCCCGAUACGAUGUUCAG